AUGCCACAACACGCUGUCGGUUUCGCUUUCCACUUGGACCAGACAGACCACCUGCAUGACAGACUGUGAGCUCUAUUUGAAACCCGAAUCCCCGCUCCAUUAAGUGUAGCCGUCACCAGGGCCGGACCGAACACGUACAUGGCGGUUUGUUGGUCGUUUGCCGCAAAAAACAUCGUCCUCGGCGAUGAUGCUGAUGAUGAUGAUGAUGAUGAUGAUGAUGAUGAUGAGGAGGAGGAGGAGGAGGAUCUCACAGGGACAUGUCUUAAAUAA